AGCGAGAAGCUUUCCUCCGCGCCUGGCUCCCUUAAAAGCCGCAGAGAAAGCCCCGCGGGUCCCGGUGGGACGCAGCCGGGAUGCGAGGCUGACAGGGCUGGGGAGGGAGGACCUGGUGUGAGCACUGCGGAGAAGGUUGCCGCUCUCCACAAGCGCCCACAGCAUCCCGUGGAUCCCAACCCGGCUGUUCAUUGAUGCAGGUCUUCCAAAGAAGCAUGAAACCAAGCUCCCAAAGAAAUCGCUGAGGGAGGAAAAACUGCAGCAUGAGAGCAGGUGAAAAUUAGAACUGGUCUUUGGAGACCAGCUGCUGGGAGCUGUGACUGCCUAAGGGAGAAGAGGAUAACUGAGCAGCUCCUGCGGGUUCUCCUCUAACGCAUCCGGUCAGCCUUCCAGCAGCUGCAUGCCGAGGGGUGGCUGCACCAGCCGAGGAUGGAAGUGCUGCGCCGCUCCUCAGUCUUCGCUGCGGAGGUGAUGGAGGCUUUUGACAGGUCUCCCACUGACAAGGAGCUUGUGUCCCAAGCCAAGGCUCUCUGCAGAGACUACAUCAAUUCCAGGCUAAUUCGAGCAGGCGUCAGCUGGAGCAAACCUGAGCACAACGCCCCGGUGCCUGGCGGUAAGCUGGCAGAGGUGUCCAGCAUCCUGCUGCGACUGGGGGAUGAGCUGGAGUACAUCCGCCCCAACGUGUACCGGAACGUGGCUCGGCAGCUGAACAUCUCCCUGCACUCGGAGUCGGUGGUGAGCGAUGCCUUCCUGGCGGUGGCCGCGCAGAUUUUCACCGCAGGCAUAACGUGGGGCAAGGUGGUGUCUCUGUACGCCGUGGCAGCUGGGCUGGCGGUCGACUGCGUGCGGCACGCGCAGCCAGCCAUGGUCCACACCAUCGUGGACUGCCUGGGAGAGUUUGUCCGCAAGACCUUGGUGACGUGGCUGAAAAGGAGAGGAGGCUGGGCAGACAUCACAAAAUGUGUGGUGAAUACUGACCCUGGCCUCCGCUCCCACUGGCUUGUCUCUGCCGUCUGCAGCUUCGGUCACUUCCUCAAGGCCAUUUUCUUCGUCCUGUUGCCUGAGAGAUGAAUCUGAGGUGCCAACUGCAGCCCCCCCUACCCACCUGCUCCCUGGCUCCAGAAGCAGUGGCAAUGGCAGUCUCUGAGGAGGAGGAAGAGAAGAACCAGGACAAACAAAUUUCUUCUUCUCCUCUCCCUUUAGCUGGGAGCAGAUGAGCAAACUCCUUGCAGCCAUGGGAGCCUUUCUCACCAUUUGUCCUUUCCAGAGCCUUGUUUCCCUGGGUGACUUGUACAUGUGGCCUGGACCCUGCCAGUCCAUGGCAGGGUGACUGCAGCUGUGUAUGGCAUGGGUGGUCAGAUAUCUCUUCAUUGCAGCUGCCUUGCAUGCUCCUACUCGUGCCAGGCAGAGGGGAAGAGGAGAUGGGUAGAAAGGGGAUAGAAAGUAGAAGAGGAGGAAGAGUCCCUCCUGCACUGCCUGUGGUUUUUCUGUCUGAGCCCUCAGACUUGCCCUGUGUGGUUCUGGUUGUUACAUUUGUGCUUGUGCUCCAUCUCCUUUAUACCUAACUCAGACCACUGGGCACUGCUCCCAGCACAGCUCAGUGGAGGGGGAACAGACCAGAGAGGUGAUAAAAACAAACCUACUGUCAUCAGAUGUUUGUCCCCCACAUCCCCUGGGAGUCCCUCUGAGGGGCAGGAGCAGAGGGCAGUUGUGUGGGAUGCAGUUUGCAGGUGUGGUGUUGAUGCCUUGUGCUGCACACAGGUGGGAGAGGGAGGGGCAGUGCCUUCAGGCAGCAGUCUGGGCUUGAAUUUCAGAACGAAUAAAAACGUUUCCUCCACUGAGAUUUCUUCAGAGCUAAGCAGGUAGGUGGGAAAGGCUGGAGGCCAUGGGCAGGAGUUAGGGAAACAGUAAGUGAACUGCCUGGUGGUGUGAAAGGGGAAAGCUGUGUCCAAAGUAGCUGGUUUGUGUUUCUCCUUUCAUGUCUUUGGAAGUACAACUCACAGUCUUCUUUAUGGCAAACAAUAAAGGAAUAGGUGGUGUAGCACCAUUGCAAA